AGGUGUUUCUACUCUUUUCUCCUUGCAAUUCCUGUUAACUUUUUUCCUGAAACUAAGAAGUUAAUUCUACAGGAUACUGAUUUCCAGAAGACAAUCUACCCUUCUAGAUUAAGUUCAAUGUCUCUACAUCCAAGCUCUUCAUCCAAAGUUGUGGAUAGCACAUCAUCAGCAGAAGCAUCAUAUAUUAAAGGACGGUCAGCAAAGCUGGAGCUGAGUGAUGGAAGCAGCCUGUAUGCAAAGUUGGUGGUGGGAGCUGAUGGGGGCAAGUCACAUGUUAGACAGUUAGCUGGAUUUAAAACAACUGGAUGGAACUACUCACAGAAUGCUAUCAUCUGCACUGUAGAACAUUCUGUGGAUAAUCAGUGUGCAUGGCAGCGGUUUCUACCAUCAGGUCCAAUUGCGCUUUUGCCUAUAGGGGAUAAGUUUAGCAACAUCGUUUGGACUAUGGACCCAAAGGAAUCAUCAGACUAUAAAUCAAUGGAUGAGGAUGAUUUUGUGAAAGCUGUAAAUCAUGCUUUAGAUUAUGGAUAUGGUCCUCAUCCAAAGUCGAGUUUAUUGGAUGGUAUGGACAUGUUCUCAUGGCUCAGAGGAAAUUCAGUAAUAUCAGCUAAUGAAUCUUUUGAAGUCCCACCAAGAGUGCUCAAGUUAGCUUCUGCUAGGAUGGCAUUUCCAUUGUCCUUAAUGCACGCCAAUGACUAUGUGUCAAAGCGAGUUGUUCUUAUUGGUGACGCGGCACACACAGUUCAUCCUUUAGCUGGGCAAGGAGUCAACUUGGGCUUUGGAGAUGCGUUUUCCCUUUCAAGAAUCAUCACUGAGGGUAUCGCUGUAGGCACAGACAUUGGAGAGGUAUCACUGUUGAAAAAAUACGAAGCAGAGAGGAAACCCACAAAUGUGACCAUGAUGGCUAUUUUGGAUGGAUUCCAGAAAGCAUACUCCGUCGAUUUUGGACCUCUAAAUAUAUUACGUGCUGCUGCAUUUCACGGGGCACACCACAUUUCACCGCUGAAGAAGAGUAUAAUUUCUUAUGCUUCAGGGGAACAGAGGUUGCCACUUUUUUCUUGAGACCAAUGUUGAUUUCGUGAAUUUCUAUGUUUCCAUACCGUAAUAAAACGAAACUUUUCUCCACAGUUUGUACAGUGGUAACUGGUAACUAUAAUGCCCAGAAAGAUUAAAAUACCAUUUCGCUGAUCAUUCUAUCUA